CGCAGGAGAUCCCAUAAGACUCACAGGCUGAUUGCAGGAUGGCACAGCGCUACUGAUCUUGUAUCUGAGAGAGGUUAUAGGACUGACAGACAUCUAAAGACUGCUGAUCACAAAGUCCCCAAAUGACUGACUGCUCAUCUCAGGAUAGGUAAAAGCUAUUUAUUAUUUAUGGCCUCGGGAUUUAUUUUUGGCAACUGAUAACGUUUCCAUAGCCUGCUGCUGAUUUUAGGAAUUAUCAUGCAACUAGUCAAAGGUACACCCCAUGCGCUGGAUUGAACAGGAUCUAUAAAUUGUCAAUAGGAUCCAGUUUAUCGAUACCAGGGAAUCAGAUGCUUCGUUUACGCAACAGUUUUCUGAGCACAAAUGUAUGAAGGGAACUUGUUUCUGGAAGUGAAUAUCCUCCUGACAUAUAGUCCGUGUUUGAUCACAGAAUCUGCUGAGGUUUGCUGCUAACCCAUAGACACCUCAGGCUGUCACAUCAUCUAUACAUAGGAUGUCUACAGGUUACUGAUAUCGUCAGAAUCCUUCACUACUGACUGAAACGCCCCACAUGAGAUAAACUGAUUGCCCAAGUGUGCAGAUAUCUCUAACUUCUGACACUAACAAACUGAGAGUUACAAUGAUUCUGAUUUCAGGAUGUUCCUAGGCUGCUGAGCACUGGCGAUCAUAAAAAGCUCCUGACUGCUGCUUUUAGGAUAUUCCCAGAAUCCUCUACACAGAUUGAAAAGAUAAUAUUUUCUUGGUGAUCACCCUCUGCAAUGCUCACUGCUGUAUGCUCCUCUCUGGGUAACCAGCCAUCAGAGGCUCCUGGCUCUCCCUCCUCUUCUGAACUCUCUCUGAAACCAUACAAUCAUCCUACAGACGCUGAUUCAGCCCAUUCCCUGCAGCCUGACUCUGUCCAGGAGCUCCAGUAUCCUCCUGCUGAGCGCUAUACAUCCCUAACAUCUGUGAGAGGGCCCUGCCAGAGUUUUGCAGGCCGUGAAUCAUCAGAGAACAACCCAUUCCCUAAAUUCUUGCAUCCACCCUUUGAGAUGUCUCACCCAUAUGAGCAGUGGAUAAGACCACCAGCUCCAGGAAACUCUGGGGAAGAGGGAGGUGUUCCUCCUUGGUGGGAUCUUCAUGCCACUUCCAGUUGGGUUGAUUUGCAAACUGGUGCUGGUGGAUUUCCUGCUCCUUCAUCACACCAGGCAUCUUCAGGAGGGUACAGUUCUGAGCUAUGCAUGCCACCAACUCACAUGCUGCCUUCUACUCCUCACCUCAUGGGAGUAUUGGACCCCACUCUAGAAUCCCAUCCCACUGACCAAGGCUCAGAUGGCUCUCCUCGUCCCAAAGGAGCCAGACGAGCCUUGCCACGAAGUGCUGCACAGGCUGCCUGCCGUUGCCCCAACUGUCAGGAAGCAGAACGUGUGGGCACAGGUGCAGAGGGAGCUAAGCGGAAAAUUUUUCAUAACUGCCAUAUACCAGGCUGUGGAAAAGCAUAUGCUAAGACUUCUCACUUGAAAGCACACUUACGGUGGCACAGUGGAGACCGACCAUUUGUUUGCAACUGGCUUUUCUGUGGCAAGAGGUUUACAAGGAGUGAUGAACUGCAGAGGCACCUACAGACCCACACAGGGGCAAAAAAAUAUCCCUGCCCUUCUUGUAGCCGAGUCUUUAUGCGGAGUGAUCACCUCACUAAACACAUGAAAACCCAUGACAGUGAGAGUCGGGGGGCUGCAGAAUCCUCAAGCAAAACAAAGAGUGAACCAGAGGAGAAUAGUCAAACACAGCCAAACUGACAACCUAAUUUUACAACUAUCAACACUGGAGUGUGUAGGCUGUUUCUUCUGUGAAACUUUGGUCUGCCCCCACUAAUAAAAUGCAGGACUGCAAACAAAUGUGGGAUGCUGUAAUGUAUUAAUUUAUUUUGUAGAUAGUAUACGUUACGUGCCUUAAACCUUCAUAAUGUGUGCAACAGAUUGGACUUACACACUACUGUAUUAAAACAAAAAGAUCUACAAAGGCUUAAAUUCAGAUUUUUGUUGUUACCACCAGGUAGUAAUAGUUAAUAGCAAUGUUUUAUAGGUAAAUGUUUUCAGGCUAAAUCCAUAAAUCAAGAAGCGGUGUAGUCACAAGAUGUGUAAUGCAGGGUGCAGUGCUAUUAAAGGGUAUGAGAUGAUUAGAGAUGAACAUUAGCUAAGGUAAAGGGGUACAGUGUGGUACAAUGUGGUAAGAAGUGCAGGUUCAUUGUUAGAUUAAUUAACAUCAACUCAAGUUGCAUUGUUAAAACAGAGGUACAAUGUGUGGUCUAUAUGGUAAAGAAGUCAUCUAAAGCUUAGGUUUAAGUGUAGGUGCAAUGUGAGGUCUAUAUGGUAAAGACGCAAUCUAAAGCUUAGGUUUUAGUGUAGGUGCAAUGUGAGGUCUAUAUGGUAAAGAAGUCAUCUAAAGCUUAGGUUUUAGUGUAGGUGCAAUGUGAGGUCUAUAUGGUAAAGAUGUUUUCUAAAGCUUAGGUCUUAGUGUAGGUGCAGAGUGUGGUCUAUAUGGUAAAGAGGCCAUCUAAACCUUAGGUCUUUAGUGUAAGUUCAAUGCGUAGUCUAUAUGGUAAAGACGCAAUCUAAAGCUUAGGUUUUAGUGUAGGUUCAAUGCGUAGUCUAUAUGGUAAAGACGCAAUCUAAAGCUUAGGUUUUAGUGUAGGUGCAAUGUGAGGUCUAUAUGGUAAAGAAGUCAUCUAAAGCUUAGGUUUUAGUGUAGGUGCAAUGUGAGGUCUAUAUGGUAAAGAGGUUUUCUAAAGCUUAGGUCUUAGUGUAGGUGCAGAGUGCGGUCUAUAUGGUAAAGAGGACAUCUAAACCUUAGGUCUUUAGUGUAGGUUCAAUGCGUAGUCUAUAUGGUAAAGACGCAAUCUAAAGCUUAGGUUUUAGUGUAGGUUCAAUGCGUAGUCUAUAUGGUAAAGACGCAAUCUAAAGCUUAGGUUUUAGUGUAGGUGCAAUGCGUGGUCUAUAUGGUAAAGACGCAAUCUAAAGCUUAGGUUUUAGUGUAGGUGCAAUGCGUGGUCUAUAUGGUAAAGACGCAAUCUAAAGCUUAGGUUUUAGUGUAGGUGCAAUGCAUGGUCUAUAUGGUAAAGAGACCAUCUAAUGCUUAGGUUUUAGUGUAGGUGCAAUGCAUGGUCUAUAUGGUAAAGAGACCUUCUAAUGCUUAGGUUUUAGUGUAGGUGCAAUGCGUGGUCUAUAUGGUAAAGAGGCAAUCUAAAGCUUCGGUUUUUAGUGGAGGUAGAUAGAGCAGGAACCAGAGAGAAGUAGAUAGUUGUGUUAUCCAAUCUAAAAUGGAAGAUAGGAUGCAGAAUUAGAAAGAAAAAGAAACAAGAGGGUGUAGUUUUAGUGAAGAUAGCGAGAACAGCCUGCAGUGUUAGCUAAGAAAGGAGCACGUACUGACAGCAUUAUUAGUAGGGGGAGUGCAUAUUAUAUAGCUGUGGGAGAGAGAAAAUGGGGCACAAGUAAUGCUAGCAUAGGAAAGUUCAGAUGCAGUUUUUGUAGACAGUGCUUGAGCAGAGAUUUUUCUAUAUAAUCAUUUUUUCAUUAUUCAUUUUCUUUUUGAUUCUUAUCUAACCAUGUAGUUUAUUUUAACAUUCCCCGGUGCCUCAUAGCUAUAACCAGGGGGCAUAUGAGCUGUCAAGAUGUCAUAUGAACACAUCCCUCUCUGCUCUCCCUCGUUAAACUAAGGGUGGGGGGCCACCCCUCCCACUUACAGACUCUCCCUUUGUUAUGGGGGGGGAUAUGCCUAUAAAAGUGGGUGGGGAGGAACACUGGAAGAGA